CUCUCGAGACUCUGUUCAUUGCCAUUGCCAUUGCCAUUGCCACUGCCACCACCUUUCUACAGUUUCAAGAGCUCGAAGCUUUCCUGAUUUCAAAGAUUAUAGACAAUGGCAGAUUCCGAGGAUAUUCAGCCUCUCGUCUGUGAUAACGGAACAGGGAUGGUCAAGGCUGGAUUUGCUGGAGAUGAUGCUCCAAGGGCUGUAUUCCCUAGCAUUGUCGGUCGACCCAGGCACACGGGUGUUAUGGUUGGUAUGGGCCAAAAGGAUGCCUAUGUUGGUGAUGAGGCUCAAUCGAAGAGGGGUAUUUUGACUUUAAAAUACCCAAUUGAGCAUGGUAUUGUUAGCAAUUGGGAUGAUAUGGAGAAAAUUUGGCAUCACACUUUCUACAACGAGCUUCGAGUUGCUCCAGAAGAACAUCCAGUUCUGCUCACAGAAGCACCCUUGAAUCCCAAGGCCAAUAGAGAGAAAAUGACCCAAAUAAUGUUUGAGACCUUCAACACCCCCGCUAUGUAUGUUGCUAUCCAGGCCGUCCUCUCCCUUUAUGCCAGUGGUCGCACAACCGGGAUCGUUAUGGAUUCUGGUGAUGGUGUCAGCCACACAGUACCAAUCUACGAAGGGUAUGCUCUCCCACAUGCCAUCCUCCGUCUAGACUUGGCUGGCCGUGAUCUCACAGAUGGUCUAAUGAAAAUCUUAACUGAACGUGGUUACUCUUUCACCACAUCCGCGGAGCGUGAAAUUGUUAGAGAUAUGAAGGAGAAAUUAGCUUACAUAGCCCUGGAUUACGAGCAAGAGCUGGAGACAUCAAAAACCAGCUCUUCCGUGGAGAAGAGCUAUGAACUACCAGAUGGACAGGUGAUCACCAUUGGUGCUGAAAGAUUCCGAUGCCCUGAAGUCCUCUUCCAGCCAUCCAUGAUUGGGAUGGAAGCAGCUGGUAUUCAUGAAACCACAUACAAUUCUAUCAUGAAAUGUGAUGUCGAUAUCAGAAAGGAUCUCUAUGGCAAUAUCGUCCUCAGUGGUGGUUCCACCAUGUUUACUGGCAUUGCUGACAGGAUGAGCAAGGAGAUCACUGCAUUGGCUCCUAGUAGCAUGAAGAUCAAAGUGGUAGCACCACCUGAACGAAAGUACAGUGUCUGGAUUGGAGGCUCCAUUUUAGCUUCCCUCAGCACUUUCCAACAGAUGUGGAUCGCUAAGGCGGAGUAUGAUGAAUCCGGGCCAUCAAUUGUCCACAGGAAAUGCUUCUGAUUUAUUGAAGCUGAAGGUGGAAAGGGUACUUAUACUAUAUUACACGUUAUUCAACUGAUGGAAGAGCUUUCUAUCAAGUGGUUGCUUAUUUCCCUUUUUCGAAAUUUUGUCUUCCUUUUUUCGGUUCUCACCAUUCUUUGUUUCUUAUGGUUAUUUCAUUCUGCGUUGUUCUUCCCCUCUUUUGUUUCGCUGCUGGAACAUUGAACAUGGAAGCAAGCCAAUAGCAUCCAAGGUUCGAUUUUUUUACGGGUA